AGCAGGGCAGCGGCCAGGUAAGCGAGCAGAGAGCAGCGAGCAGAGAGCGAGGCAAUAGUGGGACCGCACUCGCACGCCUCCGAACUCCGAGAGCCGAGUCCCGAGCGCCCGGAGUCUCGCAACCAGCGGUUGUAUAUCGUAGCACUGCGCGUGGUACGGUCGUGUUGUUAUGCCGCUGCUGCAGUCGCCGCUCCGUUUCCGCCGUCGCGCUCGUGCAGUGACACCGACACCGACACCGUCGACAUCGACGUCGACGUAGACAGCGACGCCGCGACUAUUUCGUCGCUCGUAAAUCCUCGGGUCUCUCCAAGAAAGAGAUCCUCGCACCCCUCUAGUGUGUUGCCCGUUUUUCCGGUUGUUCGUGAAUCGAGGAAAGAAGUGCGUGCCGCAGGUUGCUCGGAGGGUGUCAAUUUUGAAAAGCUCGGCCAGAGAGACCGCGAGAGUUCGAGGGAUCGAGAGGAAGGCUGAUAGAGAGCGGGAGAGUGGUUUUCUCGUUCGAUUCAGCCCCCCCUUGACACGGCAGUUUGGAUGAGCGCCAACGAUCCCCGGCGACGUCACCUCGUCACGACGAUUCUGGCGCGCGUCCAAGAGCGCACAGUGGUUACCUGCGCUGCCCCCAUGCCCACGUUCUCGUCCCCGCGAUCGUCAUCGUCGUCAUCGUCGUCCUCGUCGUCGAUACCGUCGCGCGCGAGCACAGAGCUCUGCCGGGGGUGAACCGGAAGCGCCCGAUGCGAGCAACCAGACCGCUCCGUCGCGUGCUCCAGCGACCGAUUUCGCGAACGAACUCGCGGCCGAUCCUACGACCGAUCCUCCGAUCGAGCCGAUCCACCGGCACCGGAAGCGGCGGUGCCCGCGGCGACCGCGAUCAAGUGCGCGAAUCGAUCCACGAUCCACGAACGACAACUCGUUACGUUUCAGUUCCCGUUCCCGUUUCCGUUUCAGUUUCGGUAUCGGUUUCGGUUACAGUGAACGACCGCUCGGCGUUCGACGCAGUGCUGGCGGCAAGGAUAUGUGACGUGUAAACGAUACAUCGUUGCCGAUCGAUCGAUCGAUCGAAGGAAACAUUGUUCUUUCGUGUAACAGUGCGCGGAGAAAUUAGUGAGGCCGCGUCGUGACAGGGAGGCAAUCGGUAUACUGUGUGCACGCGAGAGAGAGAGAGAGAAUUACCGGUCAUCGAUAAGGCACACACGAUUCGGAAGAAAGGAGUCCCCCGCCUGGAUGCAAGGAUUUUGAAAGUAGCUCCAGAAGGCCAGCCCGACGCAAUGCGUCGACGCUGCUGACGCAACGCGCCUGGAUGCGUCUCACUUUAAGCACGUUACCACAGUUUGCCGUUUUAGCGAAGAUUUUGUGCCUCCUGAUGGUGGUGAUGUGCGGGGCGGUGCCGGCAAUGGUGCGCUCCGUGAGUCUAUACUCAACUUGCAGCAGCGGCAAUGUUACCGUAAUGGGCCGCUCGAUCAAAGCGAUUGGACGCGAUGAUCACAAUGCACCCUACCAAAAACUUACGACACAAUCCGAGGACUUCAGUAGGAAAUUGUACAUCUUCGCGGAAAAGAGUCAGCGAUACAUUUGCUUCAAUAAACGGGGGCGACUUGUUGGCUUGCGAAAGAAACAGAAAGGGCCGAUGUGCCAGUUCAACGAGCUGUACAACGGCUCGUACCUGAGGUAUCGAAGCGUGGCGGACAGUACGCGGUACCUGGGGUUCAACAAGUUCGGCAUGCCGAUGAAGAACCCGCGGGGCCGGCAAGAGUGUUUCAACUUCAUCAAGUACAACCCUCACGUGGACAUCGACCACCACAACAGUCUGAUGAACGCGGACAUGGGCGGCAUGGAGCCACGGGAGCCCUAUCUCGGCUCGAAGAACCCGUCGCCGGUGAUGAGGGCCACCAAGAACUCCCUGCUGCAGAUCGACAGCACGAGGGAGAUCAUCCACACGACGCAUCGUUACCGGCACUCGAAUCGCUGGAAGAUGCGGCCGGACGAGAAGCUCUCGGCGCCCCGAAGACGGCACGAAAGCCGUCUCUUCGUCGAGGCCAGCAAGUAUUGAGCCGCUCGAGUCAGGGCUCGCCGAUCAAGACUGCCUCCUCCACACCCGUGAGACCCUGAGAUCAGACUGCCGAAUACGCUGGUAGAACGUACGGUCGCGAUGUCAGGAACCCACUGAGAACAAGCGGCAUCACUUGAAACGCGCGCGCGGCGCGAAGCACGCGCUUCGAUUGAUCGCAACGAUUAAAGCUGGCUAUCGCCCUUCCGCGAGUUCCGCCUCUCCUGCCUGCCCUGCCCUCGCCUCUCUCCCCUGCCCUACCCCUCCUGUCCUGCCAGUCCUGCAAAUCCUGCCGGCUCGCGCGAGCCUUCCUCGAAACGUCCAACUCGACUCCCUCGGGCCUCGGGCCUCGGGAACGGAUCGAGGUGACCGAUUAUCGGUGCCUCGAUUACCGAGCCCCGACUCCAGACUCCCGACGAUCUUCCCGAUCGGAAAUGGGCACGAAAAGCGGGAGCCACUGCGGCGGACCAGCAGGAACACGAUCUUACCUGAUAGAGCUUUCGUUACGCGUCGUUAGAUUCUAUUUCACACUUGCCCCGACUGAAUCCUUUCAGGCAAGUUACGCGCGCUACCAUUAAUUUCCCCGUUCCAUUCCGUUCCAUUCCGUUCCAUUCAGUUUCGUUCAGUUUCGUUCCGUAGCUGGAAACUUAUCUCUCCAUUGGUUGACACCGAUCCGUGUCCCAUCGCACGAUCAUUUCUCCUCUCUUCAUUUCCACGAAUCGUAAUAUGCGUUUCUCGCGCGCGCUCUCGAGUUAGCUCCGCACGCUCCGGACCAAGAACGGGAAGCGAACACAAACGGUCCUCGAGGGGAGCGCGAGCACGUUGGAAAGCAGGGCUUGAACAUUGUUGUGUCGCGGUAACAAACGUCGGUUACGCUUCUUGAAACGGUCACGAGCAACCGGAGCAAAUAUAAUAUAUAUAUAUUUCUUUCGGUCGAAUCUCUUUUACGGGAAAAUCGAGAGUUUCGUCCGUCCGCUUCGGUCGCGAGCUUUUAUUUCCGAUCGUCGUGUCGGUUCUAUAACAGAAUAUGCUCGCACGAUUGAUUCUUUCGUCGAUUUCUCUGCCGUCGAGGCGCGUACAUACGUCUGUAUACACAGUUUUCGCAGAAAUUAUAUAUUCGAGAGAAAAGAGAAACGGUUACACACAUAUCAUUGAUUUCCGACAGAGCGUCGAGAUUAAUAAGACGGGAACGUGUUUCGCAGAAACUGACGUUCCCGAAGCUCCGAUUUCUUCCGAAAAAUUCGAAUUUUUCAUUUUAUCCUUUAACUCGUUGCACUCGAAGCUGUUUUAACUGUGAAUCUAAAAUAAU